AGAAAUUGAAACAAUUGCGCACGAACGUAUUCAGUCGGGCGUAACGUGUAUGUAGCACGUGUAAUUAUAUUAGUAAUUUACAAGGUGCAGAAAAUUUUUCUUCCUCGACCGGAAUAUAACGAAGGGGUUAUUAUGUACGUAAUUUCACAAUGCAUCCCUGUCGAUCGAGUAUAAAUAUCGUCGUUUCCUAAAAGCAAAUCAACAGUCGUUGUUCAUCAGUUUUACGGGUAGAAACAUGAGGAUUCAAGCAGUUGUGUUCUUUGCGGGCUUAGUUCUUGCAUCUGCGUACCCCGCGGAGGAGAAGAAGGCUGUAGAGGAUGCUAAGGCGGCCGAACCUGCGAAGAAGCAGGAUAAGCGGGGAUUACUCGAUUUUGGAUACGGUCACGGCGGUGACUUCGGAGGGCUUGAAUUGGACCAUGGUGGCCUUGAAUUGGGAGGAGGUUUUGAAGAUCACGGACAUGUGAAGUCGAUAACGAUUGAGAAGACCGUCAAAGUUCCAGUGCCGGCACCUUAUCCGGUACACAUUGAGAAAAAAGUACCAUAUCCAGUACCAGUCAAAGUACCCGUUCCAGUUAUCAAACACUACCCAGUGCAUGUGCCAAAACCCUACCCAGUUCCAGUAGAAAAACUCGUGCCGUACCCAGUUGAGAAACACGUGCCUUAUCCCGUCAAAGUACCAGUGAAGGUACCGGUACCACAUCCAGUCCCAGUACCAGUCCACAAACCCGUACCUUACCCAGUGCACAAGCCAGUUCCUUACCCUGUCAAAGUUCCAGUCAUCGUAGAAAAGAAGGUGCCAGUUUUCAUCAAGGAGCACGAUCACCACGGCUUUGGCGGUUUAGGCGGUGAUUUCGGUGGACAUGGUUGGGAUCUCCACCACUAAACGACGACUGUUGGUAGUAUUAUAUAAAACUGUUAUAUACCUUAUGUACCUUAUUUUCUUACCUUUUUUACUGUUCUCAAAUAAAACGUUUCUAGUCUACUGGUCUUGCCUUUAAUUAAUCAAUAUCAAUAAAAUAUAGGAGUUUCGGACGGAAGGACGGCUAGAAA